AUCGGGUGCCUCCUGCCUCCAGGCUGGUCAGGAUAACCUGUCCUGCCUCUCUUCUAGGGCCCCAGUGUCCUGUAUGGACCGGCUAUCUCCUGGGGUGGACCCCAUUUUCCAGCUCUGGGCCUAAGGAUCCUGCUGCCAGGGGUUCACUUUGGGGCUUGGGGUGCCGAGCUUCUGGCCCAGGUGUGAGGCCGGCUGGGGACAGAAAGCCCCACUCAGGCACGUGUGAGAGCCAUGUCCUGGUUGCUGCUGGGGAGACUCUCUCCUUUACCCCGUGGCUGUUCCCUGGGGGUGAGUGGAGGGCCAAGAUUAACCCUGCCCCACUCGCACUAGUUUCUUCUCGCCUGGCCUAGAACCAACCCUGAGCAUGCCCUGACUCUGCCCCUUCUCCCACAGGUUCAGCCUUGCCUGGAUAUUGCCUUGCUGCUUCGCCCUCAGGCGGUGAAGGCUGCAACUGCUCCCCUCUCUAUUCACCCUUGUCCUCCCCUCUCCCCAUCCUCCCCUCCCUAAUUCAGGAUGGGUCCAUGGGAUGACAGCAUUGGUGCCUCUAGCUCUCUGAGAACUAUCCAAGCCAUGGAAGCCUGGAGGGGUCCGCUGGAAACAGAGAGAAACCCCAGGAGGAAGAUCCUGUCUCUGGACAGACAGGAUGCAAAGAGAGUGUUGGAACUGUAUGUCAAACGCACCCUGAGCAACUGCGAGGACUCCUUCACUGCUCAGGAAAGACUGCAGGAAGGCAGUGGAGGACAAGUAAAGAAGACGGCCCAGCUCCAAAGGUCAGCGAGUGACUUCUGCAGGUACUCAAGCUUCAGAGGCAUUCGGAGGAAAAGCCAGGCAGACAAAGCCAAGGCACAACAGCCAGAAGAUGCUGGCAGCAAGAAGAACAAGCUGGUAGCUUGUGGGAGCACUACAGAGGAUGAACAGAAGCCAAAGGGGAAAAGCUCAAAGAGUGUGCCUGAGGGGAAAAGUCAGUGUUCGGGGAUCAAGACUUUUCUGAAUUUCCUCUUCCGGAGAAACACAGAUGAGCACAGAGAGAAAUCAUAUAGGAAGAAAAAGGAUAAAGAUGCUGACAAGCAGCAGGUGCCCUUGGAAGCUGAAGAGGUUAAGAGAUCCAGAACAGACUUGAGUUCAUCAACGCAGUCUCGUAAGGCCAAUAAAAUAAGAACCAGCUUCAGGAAAGCUUUCUCCUUUAAGAAACACAUCAGUGAGGAGGAAAAGGGGGAAGGGUUGGAAGCAGGAGCUAAAGCAAAGAAGUCCAACCUUCUUUCACUGGAGAACAGUCAGAAGCUAUCCGUGCCAGACACAGAACAACAUGAUCAGUACUGUGCACAGGUUUCUGAGGAGAUAGAAAUGAUCAUCCAGAGCAAUGAAUCCAAGGGGAAGAAAGGACACAGUUACCACGAGCCACCAAAACCUGUUAGCGCUAAUGAAGCCGAGGAAGCCAUAAGAAGAAUUGUUUCCUUCCUUGAGAGUGCUGGAGAUGACUGGGAUAAGAAGAUAAGAGAAGAUGUCGGACUCAGUACAUUCUUCAGAAACAUCUCCUAUAGCUCCUUCAAGCACUUAGCUGAUGUCUACGUCAACAAUGAAGUGACAGCCAGUGUGCCUGAUAGACAUCCUGAAGAAGUUCAGUUUGCAUUUGCUGUGCACCUGACUGCCAAGGUAGCAGGCAUCUGUAACCAUACAGUGAACAGGAUCAUGGGCUUUGGAAACCAGUACCUUCAGGACUCUUUUGCACAGUUUUCCUACAACAGGAAUCUCAAGGACAGGGAACUGUUCAGAGUCAACAGCUGUGAAGGUCCAGACUGAGCGUUAUUACCUGUGAGGGCACUUUCUGAACCACUGCUGAUGCCUGUGGUAUCUUCAAACUCAGCACUGCCUCUGUGAAGGACACAAAUAUGCUGCUGGUGUGUGUGCAUGUGUGUGUGUGGUGGGGAGGGAGGGAAUAUCUGGAACAGUUGUACUUCUGUUUUUUGUAUAAUUUUGUGAAUAAUGGAUUAAAAAGCUUUGGACAA